AUGUUGCAUGAUUCCAGUGAUGAGGAUGAAGGUGGUGGAGGUGCAGUUAACAAGAAAGUGGUAAACAAUCCACCCGUUAAUCGUCCAGUAGCUGCAUUAAAUCGGCCAACCGCAAAUCAUGUUAAUACUGGCUCACCUGUAUUAACAUCUCGCUCUGAACAUUCAUCACCCACAUCAAAAACUACACCGACUCAUUUUUCUCCACAAGCUAAUUUCCAUGCACCAUCGACGCCAACACAACGUACACUACCGAAAAUUCCCACCUCAGCUAAUAAUUCCCCAUCAGCCUCUUUGCGUUCAUCGACAAAUACGAAUCUUUUCCCUGAAACACAGAAUUCAUCAAUGCUUUUCAAUACCGAUACCACAAGUAUCAAAAGCGAUGAUUCAUCGACAUUCUCCGAAGGACAUUUACAUCCAUCUCAACAACAAAGCUCAUUGACAAAAACACGUUCCCCACAGCCGACAACAACCGCCGCAACCAAUCAAAAUACCAGUAAUCUAUCGAAAACAUUAGCAACUACCGCGAGCUCGUCAACAGGUACGACAGCGUCCAGUACGGGCAUACCUGUCGAUCGUGCUCCAUCACCAUCACCAUCGUUGAUUAGUGAACGUGAACGUGAAGAAAAUGAACGUGUUGAACGUGAACUCGAAUUGAAACGAAAACGUCUCCAAGUCUAUGUAUUCAUAUGUCGUUGUGUUGCAUGUCCAUUCAAUUCCAAGCAAUCGUCAGAUAUGGCAAGAAAACAUUUGAAAAUAACUCUUGUUCAAUAUGGUGUUAUCAAAGAAAGAUUUCUCGCGUUCUUGAAUGGUAAAACUCAUAUAGAAGCAGAUGNGAAGGCGGAGAAAACUGAAUUUCCUACGAAUCAAAUUUUACCGAUUAUCAAAGUUAAACUCUAUAUGGAAAAUCCAGGUAUACUCAGUUUAGAUGAUAAUAAACUCGGUAAAUUAUCGCUACAAAUCGAUCCAACGUUCAAUAAAACCAACUGGUGGAUCGAUAUGGUUAAGUGUAAAAAUACAAUAACUGAAGAAUUGAAAGUUAAACUAGAUGUACGAAUGGAAAAACCACAGAAUUUAAAAAUGUGUGGUUGGUGCUAUGCUCGUGGUAAAAAUGUUUGGAAAUCAUGGAAACGACGAUACUAUGCACUUGUUCAGGUUUCUCAAUAUUGUUUUGCUACGUGUAGUUAUCGUGAAAAGAAAUCGGAACCAACCGAAAUGAUGCCACUCGAAGGAUAUACUGUCGAUUAUGCCGAGCCAGAUAAUGGAUUAGUUAUGCAAGAUGCCAAGUACUUCUUCAAGGCUGUCCGCGAAGGGGAUGUUGUAACAUUUGCAACCAACGAAGAAAAUGAGCGACAUAGUUGGGUGCAAGCACUAUAUCGUGCAACAGGUCAAUCGCACAAGCCAACACCACCUGUCACUGCAACCAAUAAAUCUUCGCAAGGAGCUGGAACUGCAGGACAGAAAGAUCAACAAGACGCAGAUCGAUCGAAAAAACUUGGUUUUGAUGAAUACAUUCAAAGUGAUCCAUGUAAAUUUGAUCAUCACGACUUGUUCAAGACACUGCAAACAGCAACAUUAGACUUUCGACUCAGUGAUCCUUACUGUUCGUUGGGCUGGUUAAGUCCGGGCCAAAGCUACGUACUCGAAGAAUACUGUUCCCGAUACGGUGUUCGUGGAUGUUUAAGACAUCUCUAUUAUCUGAAUGAUUUACUCGAUCGUGCCGAACAAGGAUUUAUGAUUGACCCACAAUUACUUCAUUAUAGUUAUGUCUUUUGUGCUUCACAUGUCUCAGGAAGUCGGCCGGAUAGUAGCGCGUCAACAGUUACGAUGGAAGAAAAAGAUCGAUUUAAUGAAAUAAAAGAACGGCUGAGAUUGUUUCUUGAACAUCAAGUAACGAGUUUCAGAUUUGCAUUUCCAUUCGGUCGUCCUGAAGGUGCAUUAAAAGCCACGUUAAGUUUACUGGAACGUGUCCUUACUAAAGAUAUUUCCGCUCCCAUAUCUCGUGAUGAAAUUCGGUUUUUUAUUCGUAAAUGUCUCGAAAAUGCGGCGUACACCAACUACACUCGCGUAUCUGACCAAGCGAAAAUCGAAGGAGAACGAGAGAUUCAACAACAAAAUGAUAAUGAAACAAUUUACAAUACCGAUGAUUCUCCACGAAAGAAAAUCGAUGAUCUGAUACAUUUAGCUGAAUUAUGUAUUGAACUAUUACAACAAGAUUCCGAACAUUAUCAAGAAGCAUUCCAACAAUACAAUGAUCUAUUAAUCGAACAUGAAGAAAUCUUCUGGUCGUUAUUUGCUGUUGACAUGGAACAUGUCAUCGAUCAGCAGCCAAUUGAAAGUUGGGACUCAUUUCCACUGUUUCAACUGCUGAACGAUUAUCUUCGUGUACACGAUUCGUUGUCCAACGGUCGUUUUCAUCAACAAUUACGUGAUACAUUUGCUCCAUUAGUUAUUCGUUACGUUGACCUGAUGGAAUCUUGCAUAGCGCAAUCGAUUCACAAAGGUUUUGAGAAGGAAAAUUGGAAAGCUCGAACUCGUGGAUGUGCAACAAGUGAAGAUAUGCUAUGGAAACUUGAUGCUUUACAAUGUUUCAUUCGAGAUUUGCAUUGGCCCGAUGAAAUGUUCGGAGAACAUUUGGAGAAGCGAUUGAAACAAAUGGCCUCGGAUAUGAUUGAAGCGUGUGGAAAGAGAGUCUCACGACAUUUCGAAAUCUGGAUUAAGAAAGGCGGACUGAUUGGUGGAACAAAUUCUGACUAUUUACUACCAUCCGAAUGCUGUGUCAUGGUCAAUGUUAUUCUCGAUUGUAAAGCUCAAGCAUUGAAAUUAUGUGCAUUGCAUAGUGGUGAUUUGCAUCAAUAUCAUACACGUAUUGAUGAGUAUCUUGAGAAAAUCUUGGGUGAAAUGUCACGAGCAUUGAUCCAGAAAUUAGUUAGCGUUUUGGAUUCUGUCUUAAAGAAACUUUCACGUUACGAUGAAGGAUCGUUUUUUGCUCAAAUUCUUUCAUUAACGAAACCAAUUAAUGAAGAUGGACAAGCAUACGUAUCAUGUGUAAAUGCAAAUCUAGAGCAAUUAAGGCAGAAAGUUAGUGAUGAAAUCUUUACAUUGAACAUAUUUGAAGAAUGGUAUCGACAACAAACACAUUUUAUUUUCACAUGGCUUGGCGAGCGGACAGAAAUUAGUCUUCAUCCCUACCAAUUAGCUUGUUUACUACUGAUUGUUAAAAAAACUCACGGUAGCUUUGAAUUGCAAGGCGUUCAAGAAAAAGAUUUGAAUUCGCAAGCUUAUCUAACUAUUAUGCAAAGAUUACAUGUAAGCGAGAAAUAA